AUGUACUUAUCAUACAAAAAUACCUUUAGAUAUAAUAUCGUCAAAGUAUGGCUUGAUCUUCGUAACCGCUUCAACGGACUUCUUGCUUACGAUGACUCAAUAGACAAAGAGUGGAAACGCAUCAAAGUGGUCUACAUAGAGACCAGCUCUAUCGUGUUAGAUCACACUAAGCACUCGCACGAGAACUGGAUGUCACAAUCCACUUGGCAGCUAAUAAGCGACCGUAGGGAACUCCACCUGAAACUGCUAGGAACCAACGACGAGCUACUUAAAGCCGACAUCAGGCAGCAGUGUCAGCAGAUUCGUAAGAAAAUCUAUCGCAGCUCACGCAAUGACAGAAAGUUGUGGGUAUUGCUGACCACGCUCAACUUGCUGCUAACACCGGCAACGUGA